GAAAGGUUGAAUGGGCAAAUCCUCUCGAGACAAACGCGAUAUAUAUUAUCGCCUUGCCAAAGAAGAGGGAUGGCGAGCCAGAAGUGCUUACAAAUUGAUGCAAAUCGAUGAUGAAUUUGGAAUUUUGAAAUCAUCUGAUUCAGACCCUUUGGAGCGGGUAGUGGACUUAUGUGCCGCCCCUGGGAGUUGGUCACAAGUUCUGGCGAAACGUUUAUGGGAACCGAAAUCGGCGGAGAACCGCGAAAAGGUCAAAAUAGUGGCUGUUGACCUUCAAGCUAUGGCUCCGAUACCCGGUGUCAUUCAGAUCCAAGGUGAUAUCACAACCAGGAAAACACCUAACGAAAUUAUCGAGCGUUUUGAAGGGAAGCUCGCCCAACUUGUUGUUUGUGAUGGGGCUCCCGACGUUACCGGGCUUCAUGACCUGGACGAGUAUGUGCAAUCUCACUUAAUUCUCGCUGCACUCACAAUUUGCUCGCGUAUCUUACAACAUGGUGGAACCUUCGUAGCAAAGGUCUUUCGUGGUCGAGAUGCUGGACUGCUUGGCUCUCAGCUUCGGUGUCUCUUCGAUGGACAGGUCACCUUCGCGAAGCCCAAGUCCAGCCGAAACUCCAGCUUAGAAGCCUUCGUUGUUUGCCAAGGAUUUUCCGGUCCCCGUAUGCUCAGUUCGUCUAUAGAUCCCGAUCAGAGCAGUACAGAAGACGAUACACCUUUGUUCCUGCAGUGGUACAAACCGGAAAAUUUUGAGGAGGUCACCCCGGAACAAAAGACAAUUCUUCCUUUCGUUGCCUGCGGUGAUUUAUCCGGAUAUGAUGCCGAUCUUUGCUACGCCCUUGACGAAGACUAUGUUCAAAGACCCCCAGUGCAAGAACCUAUCAAUCCGGUGUACUCGGACGUGUCUCGGCGUGCCCGGUCCGCAAAACACAAGGCGGAACCAGACACAGCAGCCGCGGAACCUUCAUACAAGACAGAAUUAGUAGACCAGGUCGUGACAGAUCUGAUGCGGGCGGUUUGUGUGAGCAAGCAGUGACGUGUUUCUGCCUUCUUAAAUAUGUAUAUUAAUUGAAUAAAAAUACUAACUGAGUAAUCUUCAUGUUCUGUGAAGUUUACCCACCCUUUUUCACAGCAAAUGAUCGGCCUUUCAUUUUGUGUUUUCUUUUAUCCGAAGUUACCACUGACCAUAUUAUUGGUGUCCUUUUGUCCCUAAUAAUGAAAUGGAC